AUGACCUCCUACGACAACGACCCCUUCUAUCUGAGAUACUACACAGGACACUCUGGCAAGCACGGGCACGAGUUCCUCGAGUUCGAGUACUCGCACGGCCGUCUGCGGUACGCCAACAACUCCAAUUACCGCAAUGACAGCCUGAUCCGUAAAGAGAUGUGGGUCGGCCCGCUCGUCGUGAAGGAGCUGAAGCGGAUCGUGGAGUCGAGCGAGAUCACCAAGGAAGACGACACCAACUGGCCGAAAAAGAACAUCGUCGGGAAGCAGGAGCUCGAGAUUCGUGUUGGGAACGACCACAUCGCGUUCGAGACGGCAAAAAUUGGCUCGCUGGUCGAUAUUCAGGACAGCGACGACCCGGAAGGCCUGCGUGUGUUCUACUACCUAGUGCAGGAUCUCAAGUGUCUUAUUUUCUCCCUCAUAUCUCUGCACUUCAAGAUCAAGCCUAUAUAG